AUGCCGUGGGAUCUAAAGGAGCUUCCUGUAGAUGAGCUAAGAUCCAUUGCUGCAAGAAGAGCUGAUUGUGACCGUUACCAGGUAUCCUCGGGUGAUUCUGUACUGGAACACGAUGAUAUUCCUGCCGGUGCGUUGGUGACUGCCUUUUUCUUCAUUACACUUGCGAUGAGCCCAGAGGAAGAGCGCCAGGCUAAGAAGCUUUCGCUUUUGAGUGACGAGGAAUGCGAAGCAAAUAUUGCCACAAUUCCGUCCAGUGGAAACGGUAGCAUGCCGGCGGUGCAUGCGCCGCGCUUCCCCGGCAUCAAGUUUCCGGCGUGGUGGGCCCUGCUCUCUCAAAGCAGAACCGGCACGUUGCAGUGCUCGCCUGUGAAAAUCACAUCGAUUCCUCGGAUCGCGGACCUUUUGAAGGAAAAUCAGCCCCUUAAACCCUCGCUGGUGCUGCAGUUUAACGCGCCCACACAGCCGGGAUCAUUUGCGCUCAGUCUUGAGCUGAAGUGUGACUCUUUUUUGAACACGGAUUUCCACUGCGACAUCAAAAUCAAUGUAGCUCCGGCGACCUCGCCUCGCCAUGAUCGCAUCCAAAGAAAAGGCUUCGUACAAAGCUCGGAUUCCGAAUAA